CACUGAAAAGUGACCGCCUGGCUCUACACACUGAGAUCAAUGAUGUAGUCUACUUAUCUAAACUAUCUGUCAUGUGCUGGAAGUGCCUCAGAUUCAUCAAUCAAUUGUUCAAACCUACCAUAUGACGAUGUUAUCUUUUCACUUUGUUUUCUCACCUGUUUUUGUUGUAUUUAAUCUCCACGAAAGAGAUGUAUAUACACUUUUUUAAUGUUGUGCGUGACAGAAAAACCGUAUAUGUAGUAUUAGUUAUUGAUGUAGAUAUUGUGGUAUCAUCUAGUGGCGACAGAGGUGUCCUAAGCUACACUCUAAAAAGAAAUGUGACUUAGGAUGAAAUUAAGUCGCAUUAAUAUGCCUUAUUCUGUGAAAAUGAGACACAUUAAUGCGACUUAAUUUGAUCCUAAGUCGCAUUUUUUUAGAGUGUGGUAUUCCCAAUUUGCUUUUGUCUAACUCUUCCAACUAAUCCGAAGGCUAGAGGAGUAACAGUUCUAUACUUAAAUCCUUAGUGGUUUCACCAAAAAUUAACCCCGCCCCGGGAGACUGUUUUAUAUUAGCUAUGGAUACUAUUUAACAAUACUAUGUAAACUAUAUUAAAAUCUAAGGAGAGUGGUUAGGCUGGUAUGGAUUCUGUCUUAAAAUCAGUUAUAAAGAGUAUCUUACAUUGCUCUUGUGGUUAGUUUGAGCCCUGCUGAUGUUUGUGCCAGCAGGAAGACUAUGCUAAAGAUGGACAUGGCUAGUGACUUGAAUAUGUAUGGACAGUAUCUGAAAAAGAUACAUGGAGAUUGCCCCAUAAGUGAACGCGGGGAGUGCCUUAAGUUCACCCAGGUCAAAGAAUCCUAUAAUAGGAUGAUAUGGGAUCUUGUAAGAUGUCAGAUCCUAAAAUAAGAUCUUGUCUGACCUUAUAUGAUCCUACGAAAUCAUAUAAGAUCUUAUAGGAAACACGUCUGCCACCUUACUUAUGAGUACUCGUUCACACGCCGUCGAAAAGUAUCGCGAGUUUCGAUGGCUCACAGAAUUUCGCAAAUUUAAGGCUAAAACAAUUUAUUUUCUACAAUAAAGUUGUAUUUAUAUUAUCGUACUACAAAACACGUCGGUGAUUGUGUUCUCGUAUAGAAAAAGAAAAGAAAAUAUAUACAGUACGAAAUAAUAGAAAUCCUGCAAAAUCUUAACGUAGGAUUUUGUAAGAUAUGCAUAAGAUUCGUAUCGUCCUAUAUCAGGAAUCCUAUCCAAUUCCUGUUGUCGGAUUUUAUAGGAUCCUACAACAGAAAUCCUGUGAAGUCCUAUUAUCAGUAGGAUCCUAUAGGAUCUUGUAGGAACCUAGUAGGAUUGUUUACCCUUGGACAGUGUUUCAUAAUUUAUUAGAGCUAUCAGUUUAUUGCAUGAUUAUAUCUGGUGCUACUGUUAUAACGCAUUGCUACUGUACUAUACUACUGUUCGCUGAAAUUUUAGUGAAAACUGGCUGUCUGAAGUCACAGAAUAUAUUAUCGGAUAGUCUCUUACACUAUAGUUUUUGAUCUGAAAACCUAUUUUUUACUAGCUACAGGAGUUACACAUUUUAGCUACGCUAAUUUUAUAAUAUAUCCUCCCGCUGUUUUGUUAACAGCCUUUUUUUAUAAGAGAUAUUAUUUGACAAAUGACGCACUAUUGUGUUUUCUGGUGGCAUCUGGUCACUCAUCUGAUUUGUCUAUUUAAUUACGAAUAAACACCAGCAAUUAACCGAAAAGCGAGCGUAUGGUUGUGAGAUAAGUAAAGGUAUAACUGCAAAUGUUAACCACAAAUUCUUGUAUAUAAUCAAAGGUUUUUUUAUCUUUUUGAAAAUUUUAGGCUAAUAAUUUACAAUUAUUUUGGACAGCUAGUGGAAACAAAUUAAUAAUUCCUACAAAAUCCGGCGUUUUAGGAGUUUCAUCUUUUUCACAGGAGGAUGUAACGCCAAAUGAUGAUGACUUUGUCAUUUGAGUGUAUUAGCAGUGAAAAUAGAAUAGAACUGAAACUUAUAUAUUCAUACUGUGUCAAGAACAUAGUAGCACGAUCCGCGUUAUUCUUAAGAUAUACUGAUGAAGUAAAUUGCUUUUUUUGAUAGUAUUCCAGAACAGAUUAGAAUCUGCUGUCUAAUAAGUUCUUUAAACAAUUAAAUCAGUUUUACAUGAUAAAUUGUACAUACACAACAGAAGUUGUGAUUUUUUUCUCAUGAAUCGAGUUCGCUUUUGUCCAGCAAAGGGAGAACUACCACGCUUGCUUAUUGUUACGUACCUUGUUCUUUUUUCUCGAACUUGAUGCACUAUGGUUUAAAAAACAAAGCCCAAAACUAAUAGGACCUGCCUUUUUACUCAAAAGUAGAAUUCUGCAAAAAAGAAUUCAGAGCCGCAUCGCGAAAAAAUGUGCAAGUCCAAGUUCAAAAAGAGUACAUGUUCGGUCUGUGAAAUCAAUAAUAAAAAGAGUAUUUUUUCUCUCUCAGACAAAUAAAUUUAAAUGUUUUUAGAUUAUAUAUGAUAAUUUAUGUUUUUGGUAGAUGAAUUUUGAUAUGCAGCCAACACCUUCCGCUGUAGGGAAUAGCGCAGUUAGUAUUAGUGUUAGUAAAGUAACAUUGUUCAGACCAAAUGGAUCAAAGUAUAUUGUUAACGAUGUGUCUGUUGAAGGAGAUCAGAAUGAGGCCGAACUCUGGUCGAUCAAUGCAACAAGUAAUAUACAUGGCGAAGAAGAAAUAUAUUCGAAGGGUAAUCGUAUUAUAUGGUCUUAUCCAGUACGUGAUGUCAAUUGUCCACCAUUUAUGGAGUUUACAACUGAUUCCAUUCCGAAACAAUUAUUAUGGGCAACAUUUGAAGAAUGUUCUCUAUUAUGUAAGGAUCAUUCUAAUUUGUCUUGGAUUGACUUUUCUUGUCUAUUGUUGUAUCAUACAGGUGAACACGGUGGAAAAGAAUUUCCAGUUAUAGUAGAACAUAAUUCAAUCGGUGUUAUUGGUAUGGAUAAUGGAUUGACCAAAAUCUCUCAAAUAUGGCCAUUUCAAGGUGGCUUAGUGAUUGAACGACAAACCAAUGAUCAUUAUCUUCCAAAUUUAUUUACAUUAUCGCAUCCAUUAGAGGAAGUAAAACCAAUCAUUUCAAGAUUAAACGGUGAAUGGUUUUAUGGUUCAGAUAAACGCUCAUAUAUAACCAGCGGAAUAGCAGCAGAUGAACAACUUCUACUACGGUACGAUGAAAUCAGCCAAGUACAUAGUUUAUGGUUAUUACGAAAAUGCACUGUGGAGGACCGAUAUCAAGCAACAAACAUGACAUUACCCUUUCUAGAUCAAAGUUGUGUAACAACAAUAACAGCGUCUGCGUUUAAUCCACAAAAUACAUCAUUUCUACGGGAACAUCAACAUCCUGCUUCUCCUAAUGUUAGUCAUAAUUUUUCUCGUCAUGGAAGUCUCAUUAUGAAUACGGGUGGUUCAAAUUUAGUAACAGGGGCAAAUACAAACAUCGCUUCUAGUACUAUUCCUACUUUAUAUUCAAAUCCGAAAAGGCUAGCAUCGAUGGCUGCUAUAUGUCGUUCACCUUUGACAGAAACUCUACGCACCAUGUCGCGACCACAGUCACAAUUAUAUUCAACAGCGGCUACUCCUACACCAUGUGCAAUGAAUGAUUUUUCAACGUUAACAAUCGGUGGUGCCUACUGUCCCCCAUCCAUGAUCGAUCGUGUGGGUGCAAAUGGAAGUUUUUUAGCGACGCUAACUGCUGAUUGUCAAAAUCAUCAAUUAACAAUGCCUGAUCCACUUAGUCCGGAUUAUUGUGUGGAAUGUCUAUGGUCAGAUUCAUCAAUGAACUCAUCAACUAAAAAUAAUGCUUAUGCAACAAAAUUUUUUAGUCUACAAGAUUUGUCGAAUAAUAGAUGGGUAGCUUAUUUAAUGCCAAACAUAAAUCUUUUACGGCUUAUUCUUCUUGAAAAGUCUAGUGGAAAUAGAACGACUACACGUGCGACUCACACAAUAAGUGCACAUGAUGCUGUUUUUGUUCCAAUUGCUAAAGUGCUUUUACAAGAAGAAACAAUCAUACCAAAUACUAUUCAUUUAAAUCCUGUUACAGUCACACCAUUUCAACAUGUUCGGACAUCAAGCAGACCAAAUAGUUUUCAUCGAACACCCUUAAAAUUUCCUCAAUCUCCAGUUGUAUCAUUCUCAAAUCACACAACUCCGUAUUCAGUCAAACCCUAUUUUGAUGACAGUUUAAGUGAAUUAAAUCCCGGCAACAUCACUGAAACUUCAACGUCAUCAUCGGCUACUACACAAUUAACCCAAUAUCGUUCAUUAUCAGAUGUACGUGGAAAAUUAUUUAAUAUUUGUUUACCUGACAAUAAAUAUUAUUCUAUUGAAUUACCAAAUAUAUGUCACACACCGUUAUGUGCACUUUCAUUGAAAGCUGUGUGUUCAUGUGUACCUAGCGAAUUAUUUAAUCAGUUUAUAGCCACUUUCUAUUCUAAAAAUAUCAAUCCAUUGUAUGAACGUUCGCCAAAUGAAUGGUACACAUUUGUGAAUACAUUAUUGUCAUUAAUUGGUUACGACACAAGAAAAUGUGCAUAUAUUAAACGAGAUUGGUUGUUUGCUAUAUCAGAAGCGAAAAGAAUUGAUCCAAAACUGUUAAAAUUAUUGAAAAAGGAAGAUAGUCAAUUAUUAGAUAAAACAAUGGAAUUAGAAAAUUAUGAUGAUCUAUUUUUGAUGCCAAUCACUAAUUAUGAAGAUGUUGAGAAGUGUGAUGCAGAUGAUGAUUUACUAAUUGAAGAUGAAGAACAAGAAAAUGACGAAAAUGAUAAUGAUUUAACAACAAAAGAAUGGUCAGCAAUGGAACAAGAUUAUUCAAAUGAAAAUACUGAUAGAAAUAGUUCAAUAAGUAGUAAUAUAUUUUUAAAUAGAAGUAAAAAUAUAGCAGCGGCUGUUGCAUCAACACCGGGUGGUGAUAAACAACGAUCUGUUUAUCAGCAACAAAAAAUAUUUCGUUAUGCAAAUAUUAAUGUUAAUGCACCAUUAUAUGCACAUACUGGACAUAUCUUUUGUGCAUUACAUGUUAUUUAUGAAGAACUAUCAUUGAAUCGUGCAAAAGAAAUAAUUGCAUUGUUAGAGUUACUUUAUCUCAUGGCAUGUGAUUUCAAUUUGACUGAAUAUCGUCAUUAUUAUUUAGCUGAAAAUUGGAAAAUUUCCAAACGUGUUCAAAAAAGUCACCAGAUAGCAAUAAAUUCUUCUCCAAUGUAUAUGCCAAAACUUUUUCUUUCUUCACCACCAAGCUAUUUGAAAUGGUUACGUUUAUUAAUUAAAGAUGAUUCGACAUCCACUUUACAGCCAUUUCCAUAUAUUCACGAUGUUACCAAUCAAAUUUUAUUAUGUACAAAAUUAUUUUGUCUAUAUCUGUAUCCUUCAGUACCUGAUAUUUAUCGAAAUUAUAUGUGUAAUAUUUCAGUGAAUAGUAACGAUACAACUGCACUGGAGUCUGGGCCAAUAUCAUCAAAUAAUAGAAUCAAUUCAUCAUCACCAAUUCUAUAUAAAAGUCCAGAUAACGUGGAAAAAAAUACAUCUGUUCGUUUAUAUUCUGUUAUUGAUGCAUUUUUGAAUGAAGAUUUGGCUCGUACAAUGUUUGAAAAUUUACCAUUGUGUGUUCAUGCUCUGCUGUACGAAGCAAUUAGUUACGUAGCUAAUCAUCCAAAAUUUAAUUUAUCACGCAGAACAUACGAAUUCAUUGGUCGAAAUGAUUUAAUAUAUCAUGAUCCAAAAUUGUUUGAUAAGAAUUUUGAUCCAGGUGUUAUCGCAUUACGUAGCCUUGAAUUAAUACGUGUUUAUGGAAAAGACUUUCAUAAUGAUAAAACUCGUCUUGUCGAAAGUGAGGUUUUAAAACUACGUUUUCCAGAAGAUCUUCGUGUUCAGACAAUUGUCGAAUGUCUUCAAUCGUCUACACCCAUUUUAAUCGAUAUUCCACAACGCCCAAAUGUUACUGAACAAGAAGUUAUGGAGGGAAAUGAACGUUACUUAUACAGCGUUGCACAACGGACAAUGUCACUGCCAUUUGGAAGAGGUGCACUUACAUUAGGCACGGUUUAUGCUUCGCCGCAUGAUGCAUUUGUUAUACCAGAAUUGAAUUUGAAAGGUCGCGUUCCGUCAUCAACGAUCACUGUAAAUAUGUCCCACAUUGAUGUCCCGCAAAACAUCACACAUUGGCCAUUGUUUCAUAAUGGUGUUGCAUCCGCAACGGCAAUUAAUCGUCAUGCGUGCGAUAUGGGAAGUAAUUGGAUACGUUCACAAGUGUUGAAAAAUAAUGAUAUUACUAAUGAACAAGCAGGAUUUUUAUACGGUCUCGGCCUAAUAGGACACUUCAAAGAUUUACCUAAAUCAUUAAUAUAUUCCUUAUUACAAAAAGCAAAUGAAUUAACCAUGAUGGCAUCACUAUUAGGAAUAUGUGUAUCCAAUAUGUUGCCACAAACAUUAUUUGAAUGGGAAGUACCAUUUGGUGUUCAGAUAUGUGGUAUUAUGGGUCUUGGCUUAUUAUACGCAAAUAGUGGUGAUAGAUACAUAUCAGACAUACUGUUGGCUGAAAUUGGCAAAUUACCAGUUAGUACCGGUGAAAAAGAAAUGGUUAUAUUGGAACGAGAAGCUUAUGCAUUCACGUCCGGACUAGCACUUGGAACUGUUUUAUUUAAAAAAGGUGUUAGUAACAUUAAUGCCAAAGAAGAUUUUUUUACAAGUGCCUUAUUAAGUUAUAUAAUUGGAAAAGAACGUGUUUAUUCAUUUGGUACGUUACGUACACACAUUCAAGUGGCUGAAUACGGUUCAAUGAAUGCAAACAUCACGGCAACCGGUGCAAUGAUUUCAAUUGGGUUAAUUUAUUUCAAUACAAAAAACAAAGAUAUAGCGGAAUGGUUUACACCAAAUGAUACUAUGCGAUUGAUUGAAUUAAUUCGUCCCGAUCUUUUAUUAUUAAGAGCUGUUGUAUAUAAUUUAAUAACAUGGGAUAAAAUUGAAAAUUCUCAUGCAUGGUUUGAUCAACAAAUACCAGAAGCGUUACGCCAGAAUGCCUUUCAUAUUUCAACAACAAAGUUGAAAACGCCUAUCAAUGCUUAUGAUCCAGAAUCAAUUACGCAAGCCUAUUGUUAUUUAAUUUCUGGUCUAUGCUUUAGUUUAGCAUUAAAAUAUGCCGGAACAUGGGAUAAAGAAACGACAAUUUUAAUUAGGGAAUAUUAUAAACAAUUUCAUCAGUACAUUGAUCGUCCAGUAGAUCAAGUAGAAAAUGAUUGUUGUCCACCAGAUCGAUCGACAUUAGAAUUUGUACUGUCAACGUUGGUACUCUCACUAGCAAUGGUCAUGGCUGGUAGUGGCGAUUUGCAGUUACUACAGUUAUUAAGAUCUCUACAAGCAAGAGUAGGCCCAGAUCGUGCGCAUGUUACAUACGGUUCACAUUUAUCUGUUAGUAUGGCCAUGGGUUUGCUGUUGUUAGGUGGUGGACGUUAUGGUUUACAAAAUAAUGAUGACGCUAUACCAAUAUUGAUUGCUGCUUUUUAUCCACAUUUUCCUGUCCAUAGUAACGAUAACCGUUUUCAUUUACAAAUAUUUCGCCAUUUAUACGUCAUGGUAUGUGAAUCGCGUCUAAUGAUAACCAAAGACGCUUCAGAUCAUCAGAUAUGUUCAGUUAAUGGACGUUUAUGGUUAAAUACACAUAGUAAUGGAAUAAUUGUAGAAACAUUUCGUACGCCGUAUUUUUUACCAAAUUUUGAUUCAAUAAAAAAGUUAGAAAUUAAUGAUCCGUCUUAUUGGCAUAUAUCCUAUAGCAAUGACGAUGAUAUUAAUCGUUUAAAACAAAUAUUAAGUCGCGAUGGUCUGUUUUAUGUACAAAAAAUAAACUCACCACAAGCAUCAACAAUAUCCGCAACAUUGACGUCAUCUUCCUUUGUGCAGUUGUUAUCAAGUGAACAAGAAACAUUAAGAAAUUCCUUUCAUGCGUUACAACUACAUACGGAAAUUAACCGUCUACUACAUGAUCCUAUCAAUAGUCGACAUGUAAAAGAAAUGAAUUCAUUAAUUGCAUUCUAUGAUAAAUAUACAAAACAAAAACAUCAGUUUAAGAAAUUGAAUAUUGAACACGAACAAAAGUCAGACUUUAGCAAUGAUGAUACGGUGGACGAUUCACUUAUUCUAAAAAAUCAAUUUACAAAUAUUUUAUUGAAAACAAUUACAAAAACAAAAUCUGAGUUGCUUAGGGCUCUCAGAAACGAACAUGAUUCAAGACGUUAUGGUUUGUUACAUCCGAUUCAAGAUUGGUUACCAAACUUAAACGAAGAAAAUUUAGCAGCACUACUUGAUACGACUAGUCCAGCUAAAUUACUACGACACGCUGUAAAUAUUGGACUUGAUUGCGAACUAGCACUACAUUUAUUAAAUUUGACAUGA